AGAUCGUGAUCACAGACACACCCAUCAGCACCCACGCAAAGAACUGAAAAAUACCAAAUGAGUAAUGCAGCGAAGCGUCUCUUGAAAAACGUGGGCGUGCCUUUCAUUGGCUUCGGCAUCGGCUGGGGUGCCUUCACGGCCGUGGAGCACUACCAACUUCUCGGUGACGUGACGCAGCGCUGGCUGAACGUGCACAACCUGAAGCUGCAGAUGUACACGCAGCGCCUGCUACCCGCCUCCCUCGUGGACAAGUACGGCUACCCCGAGGAAACGCUCAAGUCGAUGAUUGAGCUGAUGGAAAAGGGCUACACGGAGGCGGCGGUGUCUGACCGAAUGACCUUCGACGAGGUGCUACGGCAGUGUGCGGUGCCGGAGCAGAUCGCGUUCCUCGAGGAGCACGCGUCGGAAGAAGUUCCGUACUUUUACAUCGCCGACAUCUUCCACUCGUGGGCAAACCUAAAUGUAAACAGUUUUGCGAAGGCGAAGGACACGGAGAUGACCCCGUCCGUUGCGGCUGAGGCUGCUGGGAGAUCGACUUCCGCUGGCGCCUCCUCCGCCUCCCCGCUUGUCAUGCGCAACGACGCGGACUUCGACUCUGAUACUUUGUGCCACGCUCUCUACGACAAGAUGCUGCACAACGUCAUCCCAUUUGAUGUCAGCAUCCGUGCCCUCUGCGUGCUGGCCGUCAACAAUAAGGCAAACGCGAAGCGGCUGGCACGGGUCUGCACGCCGGACGAAGUGGUGCGGCUCUACGCGGAAUACACAGCGAGGCUGAAGAAGACGGCGGCUGACGGGUCGACGUCGUGUGACUCUGACGUGGUCGCACCGGAGGAAGUGACGGCUGCCACGCUCUUCUUCCUGCGCGCCAUCAACGACGUUUCUAUUCACACUCGGUGGGUGCCGCUGCUUGGAGCGCCAAGUACCGGACCCUACCCGCUCGCUCGCAAGGUACAGCCGGACCAGUGGUGCCGUGCGUUUGGACAGCUGAACGCGAGCGUGUCUGGCCGAGCUGCGGAGACAGCGCUGGUGCUAGUAGAUGUGAUGAACAAGCGGCUGCGGUGCUCGGAGUUGCGCAAGACGGAGCGCACAGAAGCUGAAGAUGUAGUUUGA